AUGGUGCAAUUUUAUUUCAUUGCAUUGGCUCUCGUCUCUUUGGCGAACGCCGAUGUCAGCCACCUGGGCCUUCCCGGUGGUGAUUCCUCAAGCUAUCAGCCGGAACAUCUGAUACCGCAGCACUUACGUUCGCAAGCAAGCGGACAGGUGGCAGCUGAGGGCGAAGUCGUGCCUGGUGGCCAUGAGAGCAGCUAUCAGCCGGCAGAGCUGAGAACCGCUGAUGUACAGUCCGAAGUCGUGCCCGGUGGCGACGCGAGCAGCUACACCCCAGCCAAUCUACAGUCUGAAGUCGUGCCCGGUGGCGACGCGAGCAGCUACACCCCCGCCCAUCUACAAGGUCAAGGGCGCACUGUUGGCACACAGGUGGAGAAUAGCGGAGAGUCCUUCAACAUUGGCGCCAACACCCACACACCGGAGCAGUUCAUUCCUGAGGCCGAUCGUCAGGCGCACUAUGCUUAUGUCAACGGUGCCGGAAGGUCGACGGUCACUCAGCAGUACGGCCAGGCUGGCAACUCGGUGGCCGAAGUAGUGCCCGGUUCUGAAGAGCACAGUUAUCAGCCCCAGAACUUAAUACCCGAGCAGAUACAGGCGCGUACCGCCGCAGUCGAGAAUACACAGGAAGUCAUUCCUGGCAGCGAUUCCAGCAGCUAUCAGCCAGCUAACCUGGUUCCUACCAACUUGCAACGCACCGUAACUCAGGUCCAGAGCUCUGCAGUUGAACAAGGAGCCGUGGAUGCUGCACUAGUUGCGCCCGUAGAGGCUGUUUCUCAAGUGGAGGGCCAACAGUCUGGUGCUUUCGUUGCCAAGUCCGCCCAAGCAGUUGUUCCAGGCUCUGAGACUCAUAGCUAUCAACCAGUGGAUGUCAACACCGAUACACCCCAGCAGUACCAGACCUCUGUCGUCGAACAAAGGAACGUGAAUGUUGCUUUAGUUGCUCCAGUGGAGGCGGAGGGUGGAGUGGAAACACAAGCCAACACCUAUACACCCAGACAAUACCAGACCAGUGGCGUUCAGGAAACCACCGUGGAUGUGGCUUUAGUUGCACCCACAGUGGCUGAGACGGUAGAGGCAGGCGAUCAGACAAGUGCCUUGGUUGCAAAGUCCGCUCGGGUGGUUGUUCCAGGCUCUGAGGUUCAUAGCUAUCAGCCGGCAGAGUUGGUGCCCGCCUAUGUUCAAGGCAGAGGCUUAAGCACCGCUCAUGUGGCCAGUACACGGGUGGCUCCCGUCGUUACCCACCAACAACAUGUCUCCUACUCCGGACGUUCCUUCAGUGGUGGUCAACAGACGGUGCCAGUUGCCAUUGGUGCCAAUACCCAGACACCCGAACAAUUCAUACCCGAGGCUGAUCGCAUUGCUCAUUACAAUUAUCAGCGCUCGCACGUUCAGCAACAGAGCCAGACUCAGGUGCAGGUUGAUGUGGAGCCCGUUGUCGGUUAUGUGGAGCCACGCUCCAAUGGCAUCGAGGAGUUCAAUGCAGACACCCAUGUCCCCAUCGCCAUUGGACGCAACACAUACACACCCGCUCACCUGCUGGGCUCCCAGCGGGCCACUACCUACACAGCUACUGGUGUCGCUGCUGGCGCCCGUGCCCGUUCCGGCUAUGGCACUCAGUAUGCGCCAAAUGGUGGUUAUAUUUAUUAA